GCAUUAAUGAACUUAAAGCUCACAUAUAACAAGCCGUUCAAACGUUCCGUCUGGUUUCUUGAACGUACUUUACCAUGGAUUUGAACAGUGAAACGAACGAUUCAGUGAGCGUAGGGAAUAUUGGGAACGAGAUUACACAGGUGAUACAACUUUCUCUGUAUGUAAUGGUCUCCUUUGUAGGCUCACUGGGAAAUCUUCUUGUGUGCAUAGCAAUAUAUUUACAGAAAAAACGAAAGCCAAAUGAAUUUUUCAUUCUUAAUUUGGCACUUACGGACCUUGGUGCAAGUAUAUUUAGCAUCCCCCUGGACUUAACCGAACUCUUGAGCGGGAAAUUCCUGCUUGGCUCCACGAUGUGUCAUGUUGUGUACCCAAUCCAAACAGUGCUGAUGGGCACCUCAGUUCUAACUCUACUGUGUUUGAGCACAGAAAGACACAGGGCCAUUGUCUCACCUUUAAAGCCUAAAAUUCAAGCAAAGACAGCUUUUGUGAUGAUAACGGCAACAUGGCUGGUCUCUGUGGCUGCCGUGGCGCCAUACGCUAGCAUACUACGCCUCGAAGGAGAACAAUGUCUGGAAAAAUGGCCGCGCGACAUUUAUGUCAAAACCUUUACGAUGAGCGUGUUUUUGUUGCUUUACUUUGUUCCUCUUUUGGCCAUAACGGGGAACUACGUACUUGUCAUGCAAAAGCUUAACUGUGAAAUGACAAGGCUAAAGCAUCUAUUCAGUGGACGCAACCACAGCUUAUGCAAACACGUCCAAAAGCGCGCUGACCAAAAUAUUAGAGUUGUGAAAGUGUUUGUUACGGCAGUUGUGGUUUUCGCUAUCUGUCUACUACCAAAUCAUGUACUAUGGCUAUGGCACGACUUUGGUGAUGGAAAAAACUUCAAGUACUUCAAUGAAGUUGUAGUUUUUUGCCAUAUCAUGGUGUAUAUAAACAGUGCUAUCAACCCAUUUAUUUUUGGAAAGUUACGACUCAACCAUUGCUGCAACGGUUCAGACAAGAAACGUAAACGUAGUGAAUCGUCACUAAUCUCCCGCUUGUCUUCAAAAGCUCCGAAAUUUUACCUAAGAGUUCGAGAAAUGUCCGACGUAAUGUCUCGUCCGAGUUUUAUUAAACGAGUGCAACAGCAAUGGCAGGUGGAGGAGGGAGAAGCAGUUGUAUAGUGGGGGCGUAAGAAAUUAGUGCGGUUUGUCAGCGGGUAAAAUUGCAAGUAACUGGAUUGGCUAACGUUUGCGGAUACGUCACCUAGUGAUUAAAGGUAUUCCAUUAUGAAACUACACUUCUGGACAUUGAUAAAGCAAACUAUGGCUGAUUCCUAAUAAAACGACAAGCCAAAGUUUCUCUCGGAAAAGAUAAAAACUUGUUUGUUUUGACUUUUUCACAAGUCUUUGGCAUUCUACGUUCUUCAACGACUUUAGUAGCUACUUUGGAUCACUUUGUCCGCUCACUACGUUUAUUUACGGCAUCUGGUUUAAGAGAGAAACCAGUCACUUUUUUGAAAACUUUAAAUAGGAUUUACGGCAUAGAACGAAUGACAAAAGGUCAAAACGAAAGAAAUAUGUCGAAGGAAACGAAAGCCACGUGAGGUUCAAAGGUGACUGUCAAUUGCCCGUCCAAAAUAACUGCAUAUCCAAGGAAGACCUCAUGGUGGACACGAGAUACCUCAAGCUCUGCACCUGCUACAUGCUUUUGUUUCAUGUUCUGCAUGAUUGGGUCAGUACGUUAUUUCCGUUUGAUUUCAUUGACCAGGGUAAUAAAUUAGAUGUUAGUCUUGUAAAUAGUCAUUGUGAAACCAUUCUAUGUAUGUAACACACCAGUCUAGCCCCUGUUACACCAGACCGUGUUAUAUAAUGAGACACGACAUGACGUGCAUAAAGAAGUAGU